AUGUGUCGAUGGGUAUUCUACUACGGCGACGAAGUCUGCAUCUCCAAGAUCAUCUACGGCGCCUACCACGGUCUGGCGAACAUGGCAGACGGCGCUGGGUUCACCCCAGGCGUGGAACGAGACAUCCGUCGCAACCACGAGGUGAACGUGCACGGGUGCGGCAUCGGAUGGUACGGGUCGAACCCGUUGCAAGGCUUGAGAGACUUGAAAGGGUUGUGCUCGUAUUCGAGACCGUGCUGUUACACGACGAUUGCGGCGCCGUCGCACGACAGGAACUUACGAAGUUUGAGCAAAGCAAUCAGCACGAGUUUAUUGUUCGGACACGUGAGAGCAGCCGGACCAGGGGCGAGCGUGCACGAGUAUAACUGUCACCCGUUUUAUAACGGGAGGUACAUGUUUAUGCACAACGGGGAAGUGCACGGGUUUAAGAAGAUACGGAGAAGUUUGUUGGCGACGUUGCGGGAUGAUUUGUUUGAACACAUCAGCGGGACGACGGAUAGCGAGGUGUUGUUCGCGCUGGUUUUGAAUCAGUUACCGGAUACGAAUUCGAGUCAAUCGCACGAGAUGAUGGAGCGCGCGGUGAGGGAAGCGAUGUGUCUGAUUAUCCGAGCGAGCGGAGGGAAGUCGAGCUCGAUGAAUUUGGCGUUUACGGAUGGGGAGACGGUCGUCGCCGCGCGGUAUAGGAAUUCCAGUCACGAAGAUCCGCCGUCGUUGUAUUUUCACUUAGGGCCGUUGCCAGGGGAGAAAGCGUGGGAUUUGGGAGGUGAAAGCGGCGAGAAAAAGAUCGGGGGCGGUGGUAAGACGACGACGCCGAAGAAACAAGCGAGAGGUUUAGGCGGUUUCGAUAAGAUGAUGCUCCACGGCGAAGAAGGCUCAGAAAACCGAGGCGUGCCGAAAUAUCGAAGUCGACGGUCGCCAGAGUUUAUGCAUAUUUUCAAGAAGCGAAUGUUCGCGACGCAGAGCAUGCUGGUCUCGUCGGAGCCGUUGUCCAUGAAUGGGUUGGAGCGGUGGCAGUUGAUGCCGCCGAAUAGUCUCGUGGUGACGCAUCCGAUGGUGCCGACGAAAGGGAGGUGCUCCAGAAAGGAGUUUUUGGACGCGCAGAACACGGCGCACAUGGCGGCGGCGGCGGACGGGAACGGCGGGACGGCAGAAAGAAUGUCGCCAAAAUUAGGCGCGGCGAGUCCCGUGCUGUAUUGCGAAUUUAAAUGUCUUGAGAAUUUGGAACGCAUCGCGUUGAACGGAGAGGGAAGCGCGGCGUCGCAAUCGAAUUCGCCGGAACGCGUUCAUCCUCACGGUGUUGCCGACAGUGUCGUUGGCGGUGAGGAACCUUUGCCUGCGUUGAAAUCUGCGCUCUCCUCGGAGUUGCUUCAACAAAGUUCCGCUUCGUCUGAACCGGUUUCGCCGUCUAAAGUGUACGUAGUCAACGAACGCGAUUCCAUCUCUGGCAUCGCGCACGCGCUCGAGAAACAAGGUCUACAAUACUCCGAUUCGGAAUCGGAAUCGUUAUAUUCCCGAGAUGACGCGGUGGAAGACGCGAAUAAUCGAUCACCGACGCCGAAAUCAAAGCUACAUAAAACGAGAAGCAACGAGAGAAACAUCAACAGUCCUAACAAAAUCAAUCGCAUCUCCAUCGACAGCGCGGAUUGUAUUCCUCGACCACAACGAGAGCGACAUCACCGCGUCCCGCAAUACGGUUUAGUAUCUCUCGAUGAAGAAGGACGUGAUUUGAAUAGAAAGACAGAUACACCGAGUCCUCCCAUUCACUACGGGGGCGAUGGAGUCAUAAUAUCGAACGAUUCGCAGCAAAGACCAUCGCAGAUGAUGACAAACGACGCGGCGAUGAUGGGUAAUCUCGGCGAAUUUUACUCGCCAGCAGCCAAGAAAAAUACGAGCAUUGCUCCCGCCGGAGAAGGUGGUGGGAUCACGAUGAGCGCGCAGAAGCAGAACACGGUUUCGGGAAAAAUUGGGCUCGAUUUACUCAAGCAAACGAAACGAGGCGAGAGCAGCUCGUAUUCGCCCGAGGUUGGAAGUUAUUUCGGCAUGUUGAAACAGAAUAAAUAA